AUGUCUUCAGAAGAAACAGCUCCUAUUGUUCCUCACAACAUGGUUAAUUCUUCUGAGCUCAACUCAUUUUCGACAUCAAAAACUUUAUUAUUACUUUCUUUUCUAAUAUUAUUCGUAUGGAGUUGUUUGGAGAAAUCGUCGUUAUUGUUAUUAGGGCUUGGUUGUGCUUUUGGUUAUUUAGUGCGGAUUAAUGCUACUCAAAAUGAAAGAAAUGAGAAACUAGCAAGUUUUCAGCAAAAAGUGGAUGAGAUAGUAGGAUCAAACCAAUUCCAGCCAUCUAAGAAAGUUUUCUCGACUGAGCUUGCCAUUAAUCCCAACAUUGACGCGUCCUUGAACAAGCUAUUUGAUUUGAUUAUGCGAGACUUUGUUCACUUGUACUACGAUCCAAUAAAUCCAAACAACGACACAGAAUUCACGGAUCAAGUUCGAAAAAGUUUGAAUUCAAUGGCAAUGAAUUUCGCGUUAUAUUGUCAGAAAUUAGAUAAAGUCGAUUUGGGUAUUAUGUUUGGUUUUGCCGUUUCAAAUACUUUUAUUGUUCAUUUGCGCGAAUACCGUAAAUUCGUUUCAACACACCAAAAUUUAGACAUGUAUUGCCAAUUAAAUGUUACCUCACCAUUCGCCCACACCACAAAUAAAAAAGAACAAGCACAAACGCUACGAGGGCUUUCCCGUUUUAUGUUUUCGCGUCUUUUACCGCAUAAUGAAGCAGGAAGUGGGAUUUUGAUGGCUUUCUUUUCGGAAAUGUGGGCCAAUGAAGUUUUUCAGAAAACUUUAGAUACUAUCUGUGAUCCUGACUGGAUUAAUUGUACAAUCGUGGGGUAUCUUACAGAGGGUAAUAAUUCGGUUGAGGAAAAUGAUUCGAGCCUUUUUCAACAAUUGGCUUCGUCUAUUGACGAAGAAGUAGCUGGACUCGCGGAAAAAUUAAAAGAACCUUCUGAGGAUUCUGGCAGUAGUCCUAGUUCAAGCAAUCGUGCUUCAAUCUCGUCAAAUCACGAUGCAGAAUUUUUGGAUUCUCCCACUGAUACAAUUAGUUCGAGUAUUAGUAAUAAGAAUACAGACGCUAAUGAGAAUUUUUCAAUAGAAUCUUCUUUUGAACGCAGUCCAACAAUUAGCACACCUCAGAAAAAACUUGCCAUCAAUGUCAUCGACUCCUCUCCAACGCCACCUUUAUCCCCAAAUAGGGUUUUCUUGCGCUCAGAUAAAUCUGCUCAGCUUCAAAAAAUUCUUCAGCGACAGAAUGAAAUUUUCGCAGAAAUUUUCGCAGAAUUUAUGGCUUUUUUAGAAGAAUUAGGUUCGGCCAAUCUACUACGUUUUUGGCUGCAGGCUGACUCGUUUCGUAAAAUCGCGUCCAAUGAAGUAAACCCGGAUCUCAUACAAGAGGAUGCAUUGCGAAUAUUUAAAUCAUAUUUCGAUGAAACCGCAACCUCUCAAAUUAAAAUUGUGCCAGAGGGAUUAGUCAGAAGAUGUAUACAAGAGAUUGAAGAAGCACCCACGGGAAAUUGUUUCAUAACUGUGCAGGAAUAUAUUUUUGGUAUAUUAGAAAGGGAUUACUAUGAUGAUUUUAUUCAAGCAAUGCAAACACAAGGCCAAGACUUGAGCUUGAUAGAGGUGAAAGAUGAGAAAAAAAACAGCUUUAGCCGUGUUAAAAAUGAAAUAAAAAAUAAUUUUAAACGCGUGAUGUCUUUGCCCCUUUCUAAUUCUAAUAACCAAUCAUUGACAAGUUCCCCUUUGUCUAUAACAGUAUCAAACACCCCAUCGCCUCCUGAUAUAGCCUCUGAAUCCUCACUAUCGGAAAAAAGUUCGCCUGAUACAUCAACAUCCUUCUCUUUAUCUACGUCGCAUAUUUCAGAGGGUGAAGAAAGACAUCACAAGCGAUCUAAUACCAUAGAUAACUCUUCUCUUACCCCUAAUCCGACAAAGACUGAAUUUCCACCUGAUGUUCUUGAUAUACCAGAACCCAAUGAUAAUCCAAAACGCCGUUCAAGAUCGUUAUCAACUGGAAAUGCAUCACAAAACGUAGGAAAAAUUCUAGAGAACGGAAAUUUGCGCGAAGGGCAAAAGAUAAAAGAUCUCGAAAGACUACAAAAUGACGAGAUAAAAAUGAUGGAGCGAGAACACUCGUUCGAUUCUUUACAUGGACCACAAAAAGACGAGGAAUACGAAGAACAAGAUUCAUCUUUAAGCGGAGAUGAGGAGGACGAUGAUUUGAUAACAGAAAAAGAGUUGGAUUUAAUGAUGGAUCUUGAAGGGGUACAAAUAAAAAUGUCGGAUGUUUCUGAAUCUUCACCCAAUAAAUAUAUUUAUACGACUAAAUCUUUAGCGUACAUGAUUGAAGUUGAGCAACCGGGUUCUACUGGAUGGAUUAUGACUCGAAGUUUCAAUGACUUUGAAAAAUUGCACACAAAAUUAAGCGAAGAAUUCCCAAAAAUGGAAAAAGUCUCAAUGCCUCGUCUACGAUUAAAAAAGAAUCAUGAAGCAUGCAGUGCGUUAGAAAGAUAUUUAAAUAUUUUAUUGAGUGAUAGGGUCUUGUGUAAAAGUAAACCAUUACAAACUUUUAUGAAAAGGGAUGGAAUGCCCAAAGAAAUGAACUCAGCAAAUACUAAAAGCGUUCGAAAGAACAGUUUGUGGAAUACGAAAAAAUUCUCAAUUAAAUCUUCGUCUGUGAUAAAUCUUAGCACAACAAUUGGGAAUAUAUUGCAAAAAAAUUCUUUAGACACAUCUUCACCCGAUCUUACUUCUCUUGAUAUAACGCCGGAGAAUUCUACGAAAUUAUCACGUAAACGUGCAAAUAACUCGAUGCGUGUUCGCACUAGUAUCGAAAGUGUCACAUGGGGCUCAAGUACAACAGUAACGCCGACUUCGAACUUUGACAAUAACAGUGUAACUACCACUCCAAUAGCAUGCAAACCAGCGACGGAUAUGUCUAUAAUCAAUAGUAAAGAUGGCAUGAUCGAUGAACAAAGUUUACUUAGUUCCGAAAUUGAUCACCCAAAACGACACUCGAAACCAAAUAAACAAUUAACAGGUCAAGAUAUUGAUCUAUUAAUAGACACAAUGUUUGCUGUAGUGGAAGAAAUAUUCGAUUUAUCCGAAAAAUCACAAUGGCAUCUUCGGAAAACAGUUCUUUCGGUGCUCCGGGAAGUAGUAAGAAGAUCUUUCUCUCAGGUGAUCAAACAAUCUUUCUUGGAGGCUAUCGAAUCAUCAUUCACUGAAGAACAAGCAGUGAACGCAAUAAAUCAAUUAACAAAUUCAUUUUGGCCUAAUGGAAUUUGGGCUGAUCCUGCUCCUGCACGCUCAGAACAAGAAAAAUUGCAAACGAAAGAGGAGGCAAAGAAACUAUUGUUGAAAUUGGUACCGGAUUCCCUGAAACAAGUGAUGGGAUCAGAAAAUUCAAGGAUCAUGGUAGAUGGAUUGGUGGAUGGAUUUUUGGCAGAAAAGGAAGUUGUGCGAGGAAUGGGUGUUAGUAUAUUAGAAAGUAUAACGAAAUUGAUAAUUACCGAGUGA